AUGCUGCGCCGCCUCCUCCAGCGCGCACCAAGCAUGACAGCGCGCCGCUUCUCCACGUCAUCGACUGCUGCCGUGCGCUAUCGAUGUGCUAGCUGCGGCCAGGUCCAUGCCAAGUGGCAAGGUCAAUGCAGCGCCUGCCUCGCAUGGAACACGCUCGACGAAGCCACGUCCCACGUCCGCCACCGCAGCGCCAAGCCGAGUACGACCGCAAAGGGCUGGACGGCACAAACCCGCCCUAUACGCAUCUCGGAAGUGCCUGCGACCAGCAACGUCGCGCGCAUCAAGCUGCCCGACGCCGAGAUCAACUGGGUCCUAGGCGGUGGCAUCGUGCCUGGAUCGCUCACGCUCGUGGCCGGCGCGCCGGGUGUCGGCAAGAGCACUCUCUCGCUCCAGAUUGCGCACAUGAUGGCGGCCGCGAGCGCAGAACGGACGGGCCGCGUGUUGUACGUCUCGGGCGAAGAGAGUGUGGCGCAGGUCAAGAUGCGCUCGGACCGACUCCAGCUCUCGGGCGGCGACCUCUACUUGGCGAGCGAAACCAACAUUGAAAACGUCAUCGAGAUGAUUGCGGCCAUGCACAAGGAGCGGCCUUGCCACGGCGUCGUCAUCGACUCGAUCCAGACCAUGUACUCGUCUGAAAUUGCGUCGCCUGCCGGCAACGUCAACCAGGUCAAAGAGUGCACGCUGCAGCUGCUCCAUCUCUGCAAGAGCGCAACGAUCCCGAUCAUCAUCAUUGGCCACGUGACCAAGUCGGGCGACAUUGCCGGUCCCAAAGUCCUCGAGCAUAUCGUCGAUACUGUCGUCCAGCUCGACGGCGAGUCGCAGAGCGCGAGCCGGUUCCUCCGCUGCACCAAGAACCGGUUUGGCACAACGCAUGAAGUCGGUGUCUUCUCCAUGACCGAUGCUGGAUUGCUCCCGCUUCAAAACCCCCUGCACGCCUUUUUGACGCCAGGUACCUCGGACUGCAUCGGACCAGGUGUCGCCAUGACGAUCGCGAUCGAGGGGUCGCGCCCGAUUCCUGUCGAGAUCCAGUCGCUGGCGUCGGUGGCGGUCGACAAGCCAAGCUGCCGCGGCCAUGGCGUCGCGUACGACAAGCUGCAGCUCAUCUUUGCCGUCCUCGAGCGACGCGCCAACGUCUCGUUUCGCGCCAACCACGUCUUUGUCAACGUCGCCGAGGGCUACUCGCUUGGUGAACCGGCGGCCGACUUGGCGCUUGCUGUGGCCUUGGCAAGCACCGCGACGCAGCGAGCAGUGCGUCCUCGGACGCUUUUUCUGGGCGAGCUCGCGCUCUCGGGGCACCUCCGCCCGCCGCUCAAGCUCGAGCCGCGUCUCGCCGCGGCCGCCAAGAUUGGCGUCGAAACCUGCGUGAUUCCCAAGCUCGUGGAUGCGAACGCACCCGCAUUGCUGGCCAAGUAUGCCGGUGUGAUGGAGAUCUACCAAGUCGAGACACUCGUCGACGCGCUCCAGAUCGGCCUCGUGCACACGUCGGCCUAG